GGAAAUUCUGUUGUUUACACAUGUGUCUGUAACACUGAGAAGCAAGAGAAGCCCAGCAAGCCCAGAGGGAGUAAAAUUAGAUUAUGAAUCAAAACAUGAAUUUAGGCUCCAUUCAGAAACUAAUGGAAGAGACGCAGGUUUUUGGGACCCAACCAAGACAAACUUAUAAAUUAGCUGGAGGUUGCCAACCAGCUGGCUAUAUGUGUGAUUCAAAUCUGCCACCUCAAAGUUUCUACCUACAUUCAUUUCAUUAUCCAUAUAUGCACAGAAAUUACAGCAGUGACUGGGAAAUUUUUGAAGCAGUAAGAAUUCAAGAACUGGAAGAAGUCAAAGCCAGAGCUGCCCAAAUGGAGAAGACCAUGCGCUGGUGGUCAGAUUGUACCGCUAACUGGAGGGAGAGAUGGAGCAAAGUUAGAGCAGAAAGAAAUAAAGCCCAAGAGGAAGCAAGACAAUUGAGAAUCAAAUUAGACAAUGUUGUAAAAGAACUGAGUAUGCUUAAAAAAACAAAUCAAGAUCUAGUAAGUGAGAAGGAAGACUGUUUUUUAAAUGUAACUGCUUGGAAUACAGAAUUCAGUUGCUCAGAAACACCUUAUGUUAAAAAAGGCCUAAACAAGUUAACAUUUCUGGAACAAGAACCUGUGAAAGAACUGAGCAAAACCAACAAGAUUCCUGGGGCUGAAGACACAAAGAAGGAUGUAGAGAUGAUCAGAGACCGAAGCAAUCACAAUAAAAAAAUCACUCCAAAGCCUCCCUGUUCCUUUCCCAAUGGAGUUGCCAGCAUCUAUUUGGAGGAACCUAAAAAAAAUUUGGACACUACAGCUAAGACAGAGAAUGAUUUAAUACAUAUUUCAGUCUUGCAUUUGCAUUUGUCUGAGUUGCAGAAAAUCUUACAGAAGGAAAGAGAAAUGAAUGUAUUCCUCGAAAAAGAAAUGGAAAAGAUUGAAAAUGAAUUAUUUAUUUGGAAAUGGAAAUAUGAAGAACUGAGACAAACCAAGCUGGAAGGCCUGAAACAGCUGGAAAGAAUGCCAUUUGAGAAUACAUCUGAAUGGGGAAAGAGAGAGACAAUUAAAGCAGAAAAGCAAAGUUUGGAAGAAGAGAACAAAAGAAUGAAGUUGCAGGUAAAAGAAAUUCAGGGACUUCUGGAGAUGAAAAAUAAAACAACACUGACUAAAUUGAGUUUUCAUCAUCAACAUGCACGAAGUAAGCUGCUUGUUAAAAGUAAGAGUAAAGAGACAGAAGAAAGUGAACUCAGGAUUUGGGACCAGACAAAGUUCCUUACAUGUUGCUGGAGAUUCUACCAAGACAGUGAGUAAAGUUGCAGGAGAUCAUCAAACAGCCCUGCAGCAACGAGGCUAACAGUAAUGAGGAGGGACAAAGAAUUUACACUCUUCAUAAAGACUUACCGGAAAAUUUUAUUGGAAAAGUGCAUGUCAGACAUACAUAGGAAUGCUGUAUGCAUUGUUUCUGUGUAUUUCAGAUUUUUCAAUAAGAACCAAGGAAAAUAUGCUAGUGUCAGUGUGUACCAACCUAGAAUUUUUGUUGACAUUUGUUUGUCCAUCCUUUACAGUUGUCUUAAUUGCUCUCUUCUAAAGCAAAAAGGUGGACUUUAAUUAACAAGGACCAUAGUUUACCUUUGGGAAAAAAUACUUUACAAUGUAAAGGCCAUGGGACAGAGGUUCACUUUCAGUCCUGGGAAGACAGUGAGUCUGAAACAGAAAUCAGUGGUUUGUUUCUUGCCUUGCUCUUGUCCCAUUAUUUUUUUUCAUAUAGCAAUAGGAAAAUAAUUCUGUUUCUCAGUUUGCCCAGUUCUGUCAGGGUGACAUGUGUAUUACACCUUUCUUUUAUUAAAAAAAAAAAAGAAAUGCAAUAUUUAAAGAAGUUCUUUUAUUUAAAAUACACAAAUAUUAUCACUUAAACAUUUAGAUUAAAAAGUACCACUUCUUUUCUUGUAUUUCUUAUACUGAAGACAUAAUAGGAAUACAUAGAAAUAAUGUAUCUCAAGUUUAUCUUAAUGUAUGUAUCACAUUUCUAUUUAAAUUUGAGUUUAUUAAUUGUCUCUGUAAAAUUUUAAAUAUUAAAUUGGAGGUAACAUGAAAAUAUUAAGAUAAACUGCAAAAGCAGGUUUUUAGAAUUUCAGAAAACUUGAGUUAUAAAAAUACCGGCAACUUUCAGCCCUCAAGUCAGACACAUUAUAACGGGUUGUUCUUGAGUAUAUUCAGAUUCUGUUUCACAGAGAUUCUGUAAAUUUGCUAUAAUUGCUCAGCAAUACGUUUGCUUUGUACCUUAUAUCCCUAUAAACUGAAAACUUCUGAGAGAAUAUUAGAUGUAUCUAAAUCCAGCAAUAUUUCUCCUGCCCUAAUAUACUGCAUUCUCCUUCUAAGUCUGCUGCAAAGAUUGUGUUAUCUCCUCUUGAUUUCUCUUGUAAUUUACCUAAGACCAUACAAUAAGAAACAGUUAUUUCAACAAUUGGUAACUUGCUGUAGAAGGCUUUGUGAAGACAGUGUGCAUAUAGUAAACAUUUGCUUAGAUUCAAGUGCAGGUUGGUCAAGUUCAUGGAUGGAAAACAUCAAAGAUUAUUAAUUACAUAGGAAUUUUGUUUUGCCCAGGAAUUCCCUGAGCUGCAAAUGGUUGGAGGCUGGGAUCAGCCAGCAGGUUUUACCUGUUUUUAUGGCCUUUCCUGAGCACCAGCUUUUGGCCACUGCUGGAGACGGGAGGGUAAAAUAGAAGGAUCUGUGUUUUGACUGCCUUUUUAUGUUCUUAACCUUCUUUCAUGUUUACAAAUGCUAACCUAAUCCCAGCCCUUACCUCUUAAGAUACAUUAAGGGAUAUAUGAUGAAGGGAUGCUGUCUUCAGUGAAAUGACACACUGACUUUCUCUAAAAUUCCAUCUGCUUUUCCUAUGCCAGCAUCUUCAUGACACCCCAGUGUGCAACAUAGCCAUAUUGAAAAUGUCUGUGUGCACAAUAGAAAUGGAAAGUGCAUAAUUAUUGAUUUUUCAAAUGCUUUAACAGCCAAAUGUGCUUCUAUGGUUACACUGAAGCACUUAAAAAUACAGUAAUGCCACACAACAGCUUACUGAUACAAGCUUGUAUCAUUUAGAUAAGCUUUGGAGACAAGCUUUUUUUUUUUUUCCUCUGACAAGCCAUUAGAAAUAUGGGUCUUUUACAGAUAAAGCCAUAGAGUUUCAACAAUUGGGCAAAAUCUCUUUAAGCUCCAGGGUCUCUUUUCAGCCCACAGUAAAAUCUGUGGCUAAAAAUCAAGUCAAAUAAUUUUAAGAGUUACUGGGGAAACUAGGAUUCUUUCUUUCCUGCACUGUAUCUCCAAACAUAUAAGAAAAAACAAACAAUGUUUAAUUGAUGCUGGAGAACAUUUCUGUGCUAACAGUUUGGUAGUGUAAAACGGAUAUUGUUGGAAAUCAACAGCUAGAAUCUGGUUUCUACUGCUCUGUCUAGCACUACCAUACAAACCUUUAGUACAUGUUCACUGUAUUAUAAUACCCUGCAGGUGUGAUAAUUCUGGCUAGUCCAAAGGUCAUGGUGGUGAUAAUUGAAUCACCAGAGGAUGCUCAUUUUAAAAUUUAUAUUUCAGAAUAUGAGUACAGUAUCUCUUUUUUUCUCAUGAGGAAAUUAUAGUUUCUUAAAGGGUAAUUAAUAUUCACAUUUAUUGCACACACUUCUUUGUAAUCACUUUAUUGAUCAUAUUUUACUUUCAAGUGCCUCCUUCUUAGUAGUGCUAUUUAAGUUUUUUUGCUUGACUACGAUAGAUCACACAAGAUGCUUUCAUUUGUCAUAAUUUCUCCCUAUUCCCUGAGUAAGAGAAAACUCAGCUACUAACAUUAAGUACAUAAAAUAUUUAUUUCAGCAACUACGUACACAGAGAGCUUCAGAGGCCUCUGUGAAGAAGUAAACCCAUAAAUUAGUCACUUGAAAGUAAGCCAAAAUAAGAUGAUACAUGAUUGCCUUCACUGCAGUUGUUAAUGUCAGAAAAUGUUAAUUUAUGACCUUUUCAUCAUAAUACUACAGUCUCUCAUGAUCUUGAAUAUACAUCUAUGAUAUUUGUUAUAUACCAGUAUUCCUAUCCACUCCUCUUCAUAUUAUAGUUGUGGGCAGUGAACACACAAUUUGUGCAGAAAAAGUGACUCACUCAAGGUCAUUAAGGAUAAAUAUGGGAAAGUCAGGAAAACUCCUAACUCUAAAUCUGGUUGCAAACCUUUGAGCUGCUCUUCAUAUCUUGAGAUGAGUGGUGCCUAAAAAAGUGGGUUGCCUCUAGGAAAACUUCACAAAAUCUAGUCUUUCUUGGUUUCCUUUUUAAGAUGAUAAAUAGCAUGCAUGUUUUCCAAAGUGAUUAUAAACACAGUAAUAAAAAGACCUACAAAUAAUUUUCAUAAAUUGCAAAUUUCAUUAAACUUUGUUUAAUACCAUAAAUGUGUAUAUUAUUUAAUAUUGGUACAAAUGCAGAAAGAUAGGAAUGAAUGAUUUAUGUGAU